UAGGUUUGGGGGAAGAGGUUGAGAGGGGAUCUGAGGAAGAACCUUCUGCCUGAGGAGGUCGGGACGCACCGCCCGAGGGCUGGUGGAGGCAGAGGCUCACACAAUGCUUCAGAAAGCUGCGGACCAAGCGCUGGUACAGAUGGUCGGCAUGGAGACGACGGGCCGAGGGGCCUGUUUCUGUGCUCUAUGACUAUAAUACUAAAAGAAUAAUCAUAUCAAAGAGACUCUAAACGCCCACCUGAGCCUGGGCAGAGGGGCCCCACUCUCUCCUCGGAGCGGGAGGCCGCGGGAACCAUGGCAACGCGCGGCCCGCUGACGUCACCAUCGAGAGUCGGAACCAUCGCGGGGCGGAGCUGGCGGCCGGGGGAAGACAGUUCUGGUCGGAGCGGCGAGGGUGAUGGUCGUGGACGGAAUUCUUUCAAAAUCAUGGAGAAAAACAAAAACAAAAGGAAGCUGCGGAUCUGUGUUGCUACGUGUAACCGGGCAGAUUAUUCCAAGCUGGCCCCAAUCAUGUUUGGUAUCAAGGAACAAUCCGAUGGUUUUGACCUAAAAGUCGUUGUUUUAGGAUCUCAUUUAAUUGAUGACUACGGGAAUACAUACCGAAUGAUUGAACAAGAUGAUUUUGAUAUUAACACGAGGCUGCAUACAAUCGUCCGAGGUGAAGAUGAGGCGGCCAUGGUGGAGUCGGUGGGCCUUGCUUUGGUGAAAUUGCCAGAUGUGUUAAACCGUUUGAAGCCAGAUGUGAUGAUUGUUCAUGGAGAUAGGUUUGAUGCUUUGGCAGUUGCGACCUCGGCUGCAUUGAUGAAUAUUCGGAUUCUGCAUAUUGAAGGAGGUGAGGUUAGUGGUACAAUUGAUGAUUCAAUCCGACAUGCCAUCACCAAGCUGGCCCAUUACCAUGUGUGCUGCACUCGCAGUGCUGAACAGCAUCUGAUUGCCAUGUGUGAGGAGCACGAUCGAAUCCUGUUGUCUGGCUGUCCAUCUUAUGACAAAUUGCUCACAGCAAGAUCCAAGGAUUACAUGAGCAUCCUGCAGACUUGGCUGAGUGAAGAUGUGAAGCCUCGAGACUACAUUGUGGCUCUACAGCAUCCAGUUACCACUAACAUAAAGCAUUCAGUUAAGAUGUUCGAGCUUAUGCUUGAUGCUCUAAUAACAUUUGGCAAAUGCACCUUGAUCCUGUUUCCCAACAUUGAUGCAGGAAGCAAAGAAAUGGUGCGAGUGAUGAGGAAGAAAGGGAUUGAAAAGAAUCCAAACUUUCGGGCGGUGAAGCAUAUUCCCUUUGAACAGUUUAUCCAGUUAGUUGCACACGCUGGCUUAAUGAUUGGUAACAGUAGUUGUGGGGUGCGUGAAGCAGGUGCGUUUGGCACACCUGUCAUCAACCUAGGAACACGCCAGACUGGACGAGAAACAGGUGAAAAUGUUCUUCACGUGCGGAGUGCUGAUAGUCAGAACAAAAUACUACAUGCUCUGCAGCUCCAGUUUGGGAAGUUAUACCCUUGUUCUAAGAUAUAUGGUGAUGGAAACGCAGUUCCCCGGAUACUGAAGUUUCUGAAGUCAAUAGACAUAGAUGAACCUUUGCAGAAGAAGUUUUGUUUCCCACCGGUAAAAGAGUGCAGCUCCCAGGAUAUUGACCACAUUAUGGAAAUACAGAGUGCCUUAGCUGUUGACUUGGGUGGAACAAAUCUGCGAGUGGCUAUUGUCAGUAUGAAGGGUGAAAUCAUAAAAAAAUAUGUUCAGGCCAAUCCCAAAACAUACAGUGAAAGAAUCGAGUUGAUUCUGAAGAUGUGUACAGAGGCAGCAACAGAGUCAGUGAAUCUGAACUGCAGAAUUCUUGGAGUUGGCAUUUCCACAGGAGGCCGCGUCAACCCCAGUGAAGGAAUUGUGCUUCAUUCCACCAAGCUUAUUCAGGAAUGGGUCUCUGUGGAUCUCCGGACACCAAUAUCAGAUGCUCUUCACCUGCCAGUGUGGGUAGACAAUGAUGGCAAUUGUGCUGCUUUAGCAGAGAAAAAGUUUGGCCGUGGCAAAGGGGUGGAAAAUUUUGUCGUGGUCAUCACUGGCACAGGAAUUGGAGGGGGAAUCAUCCACAAGAGUGAGUUGAUCCAUGGCAGCAUGUUCUGUGCGGCUGAGCUCGGACACAUCAUGGUGUCCCUGGACGGGCCUGAGUGCAUGUGUGGGAGCAGGGGUUGUAUCGAGGCUUAUGCUUCAGGGUUAGCGCUUCAAAAAGAGGCCAAAAGAUUACAUGACGAAGAUUUGCUCAUGAUGGACGGCAUGUCUAAAAGUGGAGAAACCGUUGGUGCAAUUGACCUCAUUCGAGCUGCCAAACUCGGGAAUGUUGAGGCUCAAAAGAUCCUCAAAACAGCUGGGUCUGCUCUUGGGGUUGGCAUUGUGAACAUUCUCCACACAGUGAACCCUUCUCUUGUGAUCCUCUCUGGAGUUCUGGCUGCUCAUUAUGAGGAAGGUGUGAAAGAGAUGAUCGCCCAGAGAGCUCUGCCCUCUGCAUGCACAGUGGAGCUGGCUGUCUCCAGCCUGUCUGAGCCAGCACUGCUUGGAGCUGCCAGUAUGGUCUUAGAUUACACCACACGCAGGACCUAUUAGACCAGUUGAAUUUGUUUUAUCUUGGUCCCUUUUAUUUAAUAUUUAUUCAAGGUGCAAUGAGACUGCUUUAGAGCAGAUCAGGUGCAGACUGUGUUCCCUCAUCCAUUCCACCAUCAGCAGCCUUGUCUUGUGCUUGCCUUUUCCUUGCUGCCUUCCAUCGCUCAGUUCGGGAAGGAUUGAGGUAAAAGUAUUCCCGUGAAGUUUUCCGGUGGUUUAUAAACUUUGGCUUGAGAUUUUCUGCCAAUCCUAUGUGAAAAAGUUCUGUUCCAAUCAAACUAGAGAUUUGGAGUUCAGUCAACCACAAGGGUUGGAUAAUUGCCUGCUUUUCCUCAUUAAAUGAUCUAAAGGGAUUUCGCUCAGUAGGACAAGUGGAGACUGACUGUUCAGUGUUUCAGUCUAGGUACGAGUCAUUUCCCACAAACAUAACUCAAGUUAGACAUUACUUAAAUGUAAAACUCUAUAACAACAUGGAAGGAGGUCAUUUGGCCCAUCAGGUCAUGCCACUCCCAGCAGUGCAAUCCCACCAGUCCUGUUACCCCCUGUAACCCUGAGGCACCCACCAACUCACUGCUGACCUUUGGCCCAGUACUGAUUCCAUAGGAUACUGUUUUCUGUACAAAUGGAUGGAAGGUCUUAUUCUGCUUGACUUUCGAGUCACAGAGUCACCCAGCACAGAACCAGGCCCUUCGGCCCACCACGUCUAUGCUGACACAUUCUGUUGUCCAGCACCUGAUCCAUGGUCUUUGGGCUUUGGCAAGUCAAGUGAUUGUCUAGGUGCUUCCACAUUUUGUGUUACCAGUUUCCAGGGACCCACACUAACUGGAACCAGGCUUGGUUAUUUCCCUGAUGUAAAACAGUGUUGAUUUUGACAUCCCUUGCAGGUUCCCAAUGUUCCCUUUUGCCAAUCUUGCUGUCAGUUUGCCAUUGCUUUUUCUCCCAAUCUAAUGUUAGUUUUUUCACAAUUAAUGUUUGUUGCCCCUCCCGUGUCACCAUGGCUACUUGUUGUAGGACUCUGGCCUUCAAUGGUGAAAGCUCUGCUCUGCAUUGAAUUAGUUUUGAACAUUUCCUAUUGACUUGCUGUCAUUUUGCCCACUGACAGAUUUGUCCCAUGCCUCUGGUCCAGGGUCUGGGACCAGGUCCAUUGUGACUGACAUUGUGGCAAGGGAUGGCAGGGUGUGACUGAACAAGGAUCCAGGCUGGGGGAGCCUCAGCCUCGCAUCUUGUCCAGAAGAUGUGAGGUACGAUGUUGGUGAAUGUGAGCAGGGGAUGAACAGUGCAAUCUGCCCAACUUGAACAGCUGGGAGGAGUGAAAGAGUAGGGUAGUGUUCAGGCCACAGUGAGCACAAUAACAGCAGGAGGAGGCCACUCGGCCCCUCAGUCCCACCCCACUAUUCAACAUGACCAUGGCUGAUCCACCCCAGCCUCAUCUCCUCUGUGCCAGUUCCCCCACUGGUUUUGCCAGUCUGGGACAUCUUCAUGGUUGGAGAACAACUUGGAUCCACGUGAACCAGAACCAGCAAUGAGAGAACUGAGGGGUCAGGGACCAAACUAAAACGCUGAAGAUCAAUGGCAGUGAGCUUGCCUUGGGUUCCAGCAUCUGGGUGGUCGCAGCAUGGCACAGGUGAGAGUGGCGGACAGAUGUGCACAGGUGAGAGUACAGUGUACAGGUAGCAUUGGGGGACAGAUGUGCACAGGUGAGAGUACAGUGUACAGGUAGCAUUGGGGGACAGAUGUGCACAGGGGAGAGUAGGGGACAGAUGUGCUUCAUGGGACCAAUGGAGGGGAAAGAGGAAAUUGUUCUGUUGGGUUGGGCUGUACCUAAACCAGGCUGGGACUAGUGGCCUUGAAGUGGAUACUUGGAACUGGGGAUAGGAUUCUCGUUUAAAACGAGACAGCGAGUUACAAAUUCAGAGAGAAAAGUCAUGUGACAGUUUGGGUGAAGAUGCAUCAGCGAAUAAACUCCGAUCAGGGAAAUGAAGCAACUUCAAUUUGAACAUUAUGUAAAGUAGUGCACCAUGUACUGAACAAUACGGUAAAUUAAUGGGGUAAAUGGGGAGGGCUGGGUUUUAUCUGGUCAUUGCAGUGUGUUUGCAAAAGGAACCAUUCACAUUCGUGUAGAAAGGUCAGAGAAGUGGGGAGGUAACUUCACUGAUAAAGAAAUGCAGAGUCUGUGUUGAAGGAUUGCAGGUAGGUCCAUGUGGGUGGAGUAACGUGAUGACAGAGGGAAAAGGAUGCUGGGCCUUCUACACCUGGAGUCAGUGCAGUUUUCCCUCUUUGUCACCAAGGAAAUGUUUGCAUUUGGAGGCAGGAUUCCUGGGAUCACUGAGGCACACGUAGCUGAGAGGUGUUGACAGGGUUUGUGCUGGGAGCUAUGGACGAGUCAGAGGGUCAGGCCUGAUCUAACGGAACAGUGGCGAUUACCUACGUGGUCUCCUGCUUCCUACCGGCCUCGUUCUCCAAAGCACGAAGUAAGAAAGGGGCUUCUCAGCAAGUCAGUCGGCAGCUGUGGAGAGAGAAGCAGUGUUGCACAUCAGGUGGGUGACCUUUCAUCAGAACUGUGAAUAGUUUGAGAUAGGGGUGUAGGGAGUAGACGACAAGAGGAAAUGUGAUUGAGGGCAAAGUCAGGAGAGAUUAAAUGGUGCAAUAGUGCAAGAUAACAGGCUGGAGCUGGUGAAAGUGCAGAAUAAUUAUCUGAGUUACUGAAGGAGUGCUGUAUGUCUGACUGGUGAGCUCAGUGUGGUCUGGAGGCUGCCAAGCUGGGAGAUGUGGUGCACUUCACUGGGCAGUGUGCAGACUACAGACUGAGCUCAGUGUGGUCUGGAGGCUGCCAAGCUGGGAGAUGUGGUGCACUUCACUGGGCAGUGUGCAGACUACAGACUGAGCUCAGUGUGGGAGUGAGGUGAAGAACUACUGUGACCAGAAGCUCAGGUAAUGCUUGCUGAUGAAGAGAGAUCUGCCUGGUAGUCUCCCAAUAUAGAGUCGAUCCCAUCCUGAGCAGUUGAUGUACAAAAGGCAGUACAACUGUUAAGUCACUGCGACGCAUGGGAGGCUUGUUGAGGGCCCUUCGUGGUUGGAAGGAGGUGGUAAAGGGGCAGUUCCUGAGGAAGGGAAGGGUAACCGGAGGAAGGCAGUGAAGCUGGGCGUACAGACUCCACCCUGGCCACAUCCAGCAGCUUGAGCUUGAAUUCUCCUCACCCUCUGAACUUAUGGUGUUUGCCUGACCUUUGGAAUUGAUUGGAACUGAAAGUUUUCCUCUAGAGCUGGUGUAAAAUUAGCUUAAGCCAAAGUUUAUUGCAGGAAUAUACCUGCCACUUUCUCCUUGAACAGUAUAAAAGUGAGGCGUGCCAGUGGAAAGAAUUGUCAGUGGAACAGAUGAGAGAGUCUGCCAGCCUGACUUCCCCUGAAGUACAGACAAGUCUGUGGGCUGUGAGCCUGCACUUGUUCAUGUUCCUGCUUGGAUUUAUCCGCAGAGCCAUUCAGGAGAUCUAAUAUUUCACACUAAUACGGUGAGAUGAAGGAGUUCUGGGGCAUGGACACUAGCACACGGAAGUUGGGGAUUUCUGUGCUGUAGCAUUAAAGAAGUUUUUAAUCUUACAAACCCUCAAGCAGUUCCCCUGGAGCAGUCUGCUAUGACCCAGUCAGCAGUCCCACAUCAAUUCUGUGUGCGCCAUUUGUCACGGUCUUCUGUGACGUGUACUGGAAAUACACACUGCUCUUCCAGUUCCCCCACUCAUGCUGGAUAACCCUGGCUCAGAGAGCAACUCGCUUCCGAGGCCGGAGGUACUGAAUUAUCUACAUUGGAGCCUUGCACAAAAGUCUAGGCUUGACACUCAGUGGAGUACUGAGGGUGCCCCACAGUGCCGGAGGACUGUACAGAGGAGCACUCUGCAGUACUGAGGGUGCCCUACAGUGCUGGAGAUGUUGAGAACUCAUCUUCCCUCUUGCGAAUGUCUCAUUCCCGAGGACUGUUUUAAAGAGCUGAAGCAUUCUCUGCAAUCUUCUUGUAUUUAUCCUUCAUUCAGUCUUUUUUGAAUAGAUUGUGUUUUGUUGUGAAAGCUUGUUGAGUGUAAGGGCAGUGAAGCAGUUUGGGAUGUGCUGUGGUGAGAACAGAGGCUGGCAAAACACAAGGGUCCGAUAUGAAGUUGAAAAUAAUGUCCAUUUGUCACAAUCACACUUUGUGUCAGCCCACUGAAGGUGGCCACGUUUCGUGGUGUCAGCUCUCAGCUGUUUGAAAUACAUUUUAAUUUUGGUGACUUUAAGAUUUUUGUAGAGUUUCUCUUUUUGUUUGGAUUAAUUUACACACUCUGAGUUGGAUGUUUGCUUGGCCUUGUGUUGCUUACAGAUUCAGUGCAUCAUUCCUUGGCACUGUGCCUUUAACCUUGAACCUUCUACUGAGGCACCUCUGAGGCUAGAGAUCCUAAUGUAUUAAAAGUUCCAAAUAGAUAAAUUCUAAAUAAAAAUAU